AGCUAAAGUCAAACUAACUAGCCUACUUGCACCAGAGCUUGCAGCUAUAACACAACAUACACCUCGCGUUCAUCACCACCUCCUGCGCACAAUGGCAACGGCAACACAAUUCUCGCUACCGGAUCAGAUACUCAACCCAACAUCUCUUCCUCCGCCGGCCUUCACCUUCGACAACUACCUCUCUCGCGCACUACCGACCCUAGGCCGUCCAUCCAAGGUCGCGCGCCCAAUCUGUCCCGACUACCGAUCCUCUAACGGCACACAAUGCCCUCGCGGUCCUACCUGCCCAGAUCGCCACUACGUGCCUCCCUCUGAACGUAGUGGUAUCGGUCAUCUCAUCUGCAAGCAUUACCAACGCGGUCUGUGCAAGAAAGGUGAAGCCUGCGAAUUCGCCCACACGUUCAACCUCCGAGAUGAAAAAGAGUGCAAAGAGUUCAGUCGGUAUGGAAUAUGCCCACAGGGAGACGAGUGUACGUCCCUCCACAUCCCUCCCACAGCAGAGAUCCGGCGCGCAGCCUGCGCGCAUUAUGCUCGAGGGUUCUGUCCGCUUGGCCCGUACUGUGAGAGAAGACAUGUGAAGCACAAGCGGCUAUGUCCGUAUUACUUGGCAGGAUUCUGUCCAAAUGGGAGGGCGCAUCCUCCAGAUACGGACAAAGUGGUGUCGUGCGAGUUUGGCGCGCACGCGAAGUGGAUCAAGGAUGAGGAUAUGAAUCCGAAGAAACCUCUGGUGAGAAAGGUCAAGGAUGAGGAGACUUUGAGGAUGGAACAGGAGGAGAGGGAGAAUGAAUACUAUCAAGAGGAAGAGAGGAGGCGAGAGAAGUUCGAGAAGGAUGGUGGAAGCGGUGGAUGGCAAAGGGGUGGACGUGGUAGGGGGAGAGGAGGGAGGGGGUACAGGAGUAAGAGGUACUAGAGGCGGAACAAGCAGCUCGGGUCCGUGGUGGAAAAGGGAAACGAUUCUGAUGAGCUUUGUGUAUGCUUUAGCGAGGCGUUUGGGAGGGGCAUUUGCAUGCGUGGGAAGAUCACUGCUUCAAACGCGAUCGCUCGACUCUGUUCUUGUGAUCACAACGAGAGCGUAUACAAGGAGAGGAGCAUAUACACAGCGAGAUCUAUUGUGUAGCAGUACAAGCCGUUCUGGCCUACGACCGAGAAGGCGUGUGAAAAGCUGCGUUCCGCAU